CGACCAUGAUUAUUUCUGAAACACAAACACCGACUUCACCUCGUCCACAACCCUUUCGCCGCACAACAAACCCAAUAAACCCUCUUUGCGCUGCCACUGUACUCCUGACCACCCACUCAGUAUAACGACGCCCCUCCGAAGCACAAAUUCGCCUUCGGGCUCGCGACACGAGCUUUGCACUGGACGGGACCAGACGACGCGAGACGGGCCCCGAGCGAGACAACCUUCGGGCAGCGAAGUCUCCCAGACACACAGAGUAGGCGACAUGGCGCCGACUAUACUACGCUUCCCCAAGCCGAGGAGCCUCCUCCAUUUCGUCUCCCUACGGACCGCGACAGAGUUCAUCAGCUUCACGUUGGCGAUCAACAAAGUCACCGGACUCUAUGGCAUUCUCGCCCUCUUCACCGGAUAUGACCUCAACGGCCUACAGCUCAGCCACUACAUUUACUCGCUCGUCGUAUUCGGCCUCAUCCUAUACCUCAUGCCCAGCAUACGGCGGCCCGAUCAGCCACUCCGCAACGUCGCCCUCGCAUAUGUCUACGUGAUCGACACCAUUGUCAACGGCAUCUAUACCACCCUCUUCAGCAUGGGCUGGUUCCUACUGCUUUCGCAACACCUCGAGGAGCCCGGCAAGGACAACCCCCUCAAUGGAAGCCACAACGUCGGAGGUGCCAGCACUAUGGGAGACACAGCAGGCUUCACGCAUCCAGAACACAACGUGACCGAAGUCAAUGUCAUUGCAAAGCCGGGUUCGGGCAUUCUGCCGGGACAAGAGGCGGUUGUAUUCGGCGCAGGGUCAGGUCCAGCAGCUAUCGGCGGGGCUGUCUUACAAAGCGAUAGCAUGACGAGCAUUGCAUUACUAGCACUCUUCACAGUGGUGCGAGUAUACUUUUGCCUCGUGGUCAUGAGCUACGCCAGGAGUAUGCUCAGGCAGUACGUCGCACAGGCGAGCUCGAGCAGCCCGCAAUACAGCAGUAGCGAGACUGCGGAUGCCACCAUGGCGCCAUCGCCUUUCGCACUAGACCGACAGGAAGGCGCAGGCUGGACAGGAAAGCUUGGAAGGGCUAUGCUUAGACUUCCCAGCAAGAGAUACUGGCUAGGACGGGAGGAGACCGACAAUCAGAGCGAAUGGGAACGAGCUACCAGUGGUCGGUUCGAAAGCGGGAGAAAUGGCGGCAAGCCACUGCGCAUCAAGGUACCCGAAACUGGAGUAGGUGAGCGUGAGAGACGAGCACGCAGCGGGACUGGUCCACCUCUACCCCUCAAGGUUACCAAAGGACCCGAAUAGUAUCUCCGAUGGGAUUGUGAGAAAGGCAUGCUGUGGGCGACGACUGACCAGAAAAUCACCACUGGCGAUUUGGCUGGCGCGGAACAGAGCGUUGUCUCUCACAGGAACAGGAAAUGGCGCCUCUGCAACAUAAUGACAUUAAGAUGACACGCUUCAGGUCCCAGGGAAUGGAAAGGAGGGCAGGUGGUCGAUUUUGGAUUGCGGCAUGGCAUGAAUGGAGUGAUAUCCGUCCCCAGUUUCUUUUUUAAUUUUCCCCCGAGCAAGCCAAACGAGAUGGGCAGACAGGAAAGUGCCCGACUACAGAAAUGUACAGUUUGCAUAGACCUACGAAGCAGCAUAGCGAUAACUUCUUGUAGCUGUUCAUCUUUAAUGAGUACAAUCUUAUAUCUCU